CGAACACUUACAAAAGAAAACACAUGGCUCCCCGUCCCCGGAUAAUGUACUUCCGAGAUCGACUUCACACGCUGAAAAUAAGGGAAAUACCUCAGCAGCGAAGAUCCGUCAAGGCACAUGACAUCCUUAAAGAAUCUCACACACGUCAUGUUCUUCAAGAACGUACAUGUAAUGGUAGAAUGGUUUUUUGCAAACUUUGUGGAAAUGGUGUUUCUCAUGGGUCAAUCACUUACUAUUGUCGUCUAUGUAAAUCCUAUUUUCACAAAAACUGUCUUACAAUAACAAAUCCAAAGAUUCAUGAGCAUACACUCACCUACCUUCGAAGAAAACACUCAUUCGGUUGUGAUGCUUGUGGAUUCGUCCGUCCAGAUGAGAUUGAUAUGUUCGGAUGUUUACAAUGCGAUUUCUUUGUGCACAGAAGUUGCAUCUUCUUACCGAGGGUUAUAAAACUCACACGUCACUCACAUUAUCUUUCUCACGUUUUUCAUGUACUUGAUGAUGAGGCCAAGUGUGGAGUUUGCCAGGGACGGUUUAGUUCUGGCUAUGGAGGGUAUGCUUGUGUUGACAAGACAUGUGAUUAUGUUGUCCAUUCAACAUGUGCGACAAAUAUCAACGUGUGGGACGGCAUAGAUCAUGUCGAAGUAGAACCUGAGGAAGAGAGUAGUUCAGAAGAUGCUUCACUAGAAUUGAUGGAUGACAAGAAAGUACAUCAUUUUAGCCAUGACCAUGGCUUAUCGAGAAUCCCUGUUGAUGAAGAAUGUUGGCAGCUAUGUGAAGCAUGCAUCCUUCCUAUUGAUAUGGGUACUUUCUUGGGUUGCAAGGAAUGCAGUUUUGCCCUACACGAAGAAUGUGCUCGCCUUCCACAGGAGAUGGAUCAUCCGUUACAUCGCCAUCGGUUAACCCUAAAGGUCACCAAAGAAGGUUUUUUCACAUGUUCUGCUUGUAACCAGGGUUCUUGUGGUUUUAAGUAUCAAUGUUGCCAAGAAGACUGUGGGUUCAAGAUAGAUGCAAAGUGUGCUUCCUUUACUGACCCAUUUAAGCAUAAAACCCACAAAUGCCCUCUCUAUCUUAGACUGGAAGAUCUUGCUAACAGAAAGUCUUACUUGUGUUGUGGUUGCCAUGAACAUUCAACUACUGUGGCAACUUGUACCACAUGUGAAGACUACUCCUUUGAUUUCAAAUGUUUGAAUUUACCUCCUGUGAUGAGAUAUAAGUAUGAUAUACAUCCACUCAUCCUAUACUUUGAUAGAAUACAGUACAAGAUACAACAGCUGGAGAAGAGAUGGGACAGUUACUUAUUCUUAGAUCGGGGAAGAGAUAGGCAGCCAAACUCUUGGUGUGACGUUUGUGAAGAAGAAGUACACGAAUACUUAUUGUUCUACGUAUGCUUUAUUUGCCGCACCACUCUACAUGCUAAGUGCAUCUUAGGAAGUUAUCCUUAUAUGAAACCUGGCCAUAAUAUCAAAGUGAAGGGUCUCAAGAUUCAGAUAGCUUCAAACAGUGGUGCUUCUAGACCAAUUUGUCAUACAUGUCACAGUCUCUGCGGAGACAAGUUGGUAUUCAAGGAGAAUGAUUUAUGUUUUUGUUCUUUGAAGUGUAUGCAUUCUACCAAACUUGUUAUUACUUCUGAGUAAAUAAAAUGUUGUAGUAAAAUGCAUUGCAUGCGGUUGUAAUGUGGAAUGAAAUAAAUAAUGAACCUCUUAACAAGUUCAAACCUGAAAACGUCAAAUUAUGAAAAUUUC